AUGGAUAACGUGGACCAAGUUGUAGGCGGACCGGCGGAGGCUUCGCAACCGAUACCGGUGGUUGAGAAGGAGGCUGAAAAGCUCCCUGCUUGGCAGAACCAGGACGCGGCCGAUGAUGGUCAUCCCGAGGUGGCGGACGAGAAAGCGGAUCAGGGCAAGCAGGACCAGGACGAGGCCGAAAACCUGCAGCCCCUCAGCUCGUACUCCUGUUGUGAAAAGUACCCCUGGUACCAUGGCUCAAUCUCGCUAAACGCAUCUGUACGACUGCUCAGCUCUGGCAUCAACGGAAGCUUCCUAGUGCGCGAUACUGAAAGCUCACCUGGUCAGCGCAGUAUCAGCCUGCGGUACGAAGGACGCGUCUACCACUACCGUAUAUCUGAGGACUCGAAUAGAAAAGUGUACCUAAAUGCAGAAGCUAAAUUCAACACACUCGCUGAGCUAGUCCAUUACUACAGCGUCCUGCACAAGGGCCAGGGACUGAUUACGGCCUUUCUAUACCCGGUACCAAAGGAACAACAUCCCACGGUGUUCCCCUUGAGUCCCGAGCCGGACGAGUGGGAAAUAUGCCGGACGGACUUCAUGAUAAAGCAGAAGAUAGGCGGUGCUCAGUACGGUAAGGUGUUCGAAGCAAUGUGAAAACGGUGCGGUAAAACGGUGGCGGUCAAGACGUCGAAGGACCCAAAGGCGCUGAUAAACUUCCUCAAGGAAGCGGCCAUAAUGAAGGAUUUGAAGCAUCCAAACCUUGUACAGCUGAUGUUCACCUUUGCUCGAAACUGUAGCAACUGUAGUCUCUCUUGUUUAAUUACAGGUGUGUGCACGUGCGAACCUCCGUAUUACCUUAUCAUCGAGUUGAUGAGCCACGGUAACCUAGUCGACUUCUUGCGCUCGGCGGCGGCGGCCGUGCCACUGUUGUACACUCAGAUCGCGUCCGGUAUGAACUACCAGGAGAACCGCAAAAUUAUCCACCUCGAUCUAGCGGCACGAAAUUGUCUUGUUGGCGAUAACUACCUUGUCAAGGUGGCCGACUUCGGACUGGCCGUACUGAUGCAAGACGACUCGUACUCGGCCCAUACCGGCGAUAAGUUUGCGAUCAAGUGGAGCCCGGAGGGCUUAGCGCAUAACAAAUUCAGCCCUAAAUCGGAUGUGUGGGCGUUUGGUGUGCUGCUGUGGGAGAUUGCAACGUACGGAAUGUUGCCGUACCCAGGGAUCGAUCGGACCGAAUUGUACCACCAGCUGGAAUCGGGCUAUCGGAUGGAGCGACCACAGGGAUGCACGCAAGAAGUAUACGAGCUGAUGCGAAAGUGCUGGCAGUGGAACUUUCAGGACAGGCCAACCUUCAAAACCAUACUCCACGACUUAGAACACAUGUUAAUGUCGAGGUCAAGGUGGUUGAUAAGCAGGUUCAAGUAGAACAACAAUUGAACAGUUGGGUCAGAAGUAGUGUUCCGACGCGGCGCAGCAAAUGUCGCCGUAGCAACCCCCCG